CUAUUUGUUUAACAAGGGGAGCUCUUUUCCGAUUGUUCAGUAUAUCUUUCAAGACGUUGUUUUCAGCCAAUCGUCGUUGUGAGUCGAACUACCAUGACUGCUUGACUGACAGGUCCAAGUUUUGCUUGGUUGCUUAGUAACAGUUGGCAAGAUAUUUUUCUCGACUGCAAACACCAUUAACGCUAACAUCAUUAAUGUUAACGCCGUUAGCGCUAUCUCCGUUUGAUUACUUUUUUUCAAACGUCACUGAUAUCGCAAUCAUAUGGACUGAUAGUUCAAGCACAGUGAAUUAUUUCCACUGUUAGUCAUCAGUCAUCAUGAAUAAGCAUUUUGUUUUCCAACGAAUUCAACCUGUCGCUAGUGAAAUUACAAUCAUGUAUAGAAACUUUUUUUUAUAUUGAUUAUCACAUUACUGUUUACAAAAAGUUUGAAUUGACUGACAACUUGAAUAUCAGUGUACUUAAAUGAAGAAAGAAAUAUAAAAAAUUAUUGCAUUCAUACGGCAGGUUUGAGUGAUAAAUAUCGUUUCGUUUUUGUUUAACCGCUUCGUCAUCCAAUCGUCGUUGAGAGUCGAACUACCACGACUGCUUAGCUGACAGGUCCAAGUUUUGCUCGGUUGCUUAGUAAGAGUUGGCAAGAUAUUUUUCUCGACGGCAAACACCAUUAACGCUAACGUCAUUAAUGCUAGCGCAUUAGCGCUCUCUCAUUUUUUCAAACGUUACCCUGAUAUCGCAAUAUGGACUGAUAGUUCAAGCACACUGUGAAUUAUUUCCGCUGUCGGUCAUCCGCCAUCAUGAAUAAGCAUUUUGUUUUCCAACGAAUUCAACCUGUCGCUAGUGAAAUUACAAUCAUCUAUAGAAUUGUUUACAGAAAGUUCGAAUUGACGACUUGAAUAUUAGUGUACUUAAAUGAAGAAAGAAAUAUUUAAAAAAAAUAUUGCAUUCUUACGGCAGGUUUGUUUGAUAAAUGUUGUUUCGUUUUUGUUUAACCGUUUCGUCUGCGAACUUAAAAUUGAAUUUCCCUUACUGAUUGCCAAACUUUCGUUUUAGCGCCUAGCUGACGGUUUUCUUAAUUCUCCUAACCUGUCUGCUUGGUAAUGUGUGGAUUUUGUAUGGAGAAAUUUGAUGUCUGUCCCUCUAGGGAAUUUGAUGUUAAAGGACGUACAUCGGAAGGGCACAUCUUGAAAAAACAAAAACAGCCAAUUGUUUCCCCGUUUGUCCUAAACAUCCCAGCUUGUUUAUUUUUAUUUUAUUUUUGCUUCUAUUAUUGUCGGGGGUCUCCCUUAAUUUGUGUCGUCGUCGCUGCUAUUUUCAGCCAGUUAGUCCAACAUGAAGUUGGAUAGAAAUUUCUGGUCAUUUUGCGGUGGGUUUGUUUUUAUUAUUUCGCUUUGUUUUUGGUUUUUCUUUAUUUCUUUAUUCUUUUCUUGGAUUUUGGUGGUUUGCGUGCUGUGGUUAACUCUCCAGAGGUCAGCUGAGUACACAAUAUCUUGCGACCACCUUUCGCAUUCGCUUUAAUUUCCUGAACGCAUUGAAUUUGAAGUGGCAAACCGUGACAGGUUAAAAGCGGUUAAAUUUUUUGUUUAUAAUAUGCUAUAUAUAUAUAUAUCUCUCUCGUGAACAAUCUUAUUGACUUCCUCAGUUACAUAAGCAUAAUUGAACUGAAUUUACUUUAGUUGACAACUUCUUGAGAAGUGUCAAAAGUUUGAAAUUAUGUACUUAUAGGCUGAAUUUUUGCCAAGGGUUUUUGGAGCAACCAAAAGAUUUUGAACUUUCACCAUAACUUCGCACCCAAAAUGUUGCAUUAUAUCAUAGUUUACCAUGUAACCAUGGUAGUAAAAUCUGGUGACAUGCUCGUCUGUGUUUCAACUAUUGAUAACCGCCCAUCAAGCCUGUUUAUUUAUAAUGGCACUUGAAACAUAAUUGGCAUUUGUGGCCUGCUAGUUUAUAAUAUAGCAUCUGGAUCCGACACGCAAAGUAAACAUGCAUUGUAAAGCCGCCGUGAAGUGAGUGCGUCCGAGGUGUAGAACAAAUUUGUUUCGAGGUUUAUAAAGCAGAACUUGGCGAAUGGAAAGCCUUUCAACACCAGAAUAUACAAUGGGAGAAAACAAAGUCCCUCAGUCGGAGCCAGUACCAGAUUGGAAAGUAGCGAGAAAGCUCUGGGGAGCCGCAUGGGAGUUACACUGGAUCGGUUUUGGUCUUGCAUUCAGUGCGUUAGUAGUAUCGUCCUCUGUUGCGUUGGUGCAAGCAAAGAGGAGGAAAAUGUUUGGCCGAAAGCCUUAUGUGAUCGCUAUUAACUCUUUGCUCUUGAUUUUGGGCAUUACGCGAGCGUUAUAUCUAUUGAUUGAUCCCUACGAGUCCAAACAGAACGGAAUUAAAAUGCCAAAGUGGUUUGCACAGUUCCUGUUUAACAUCGCUUUUCCGUGCUUGACCUCCUCGUUUGGUUUGAUCUUUUUAGUUUUCCUUCGGGUCGCUAAACUUCAAUUAGUGUCGGAGAGACUCAGCAAUGCACGUUACCUCAUUGCUGUGAUAUCAUUUCACUUCGCCAUCGUCGUAAUCGCAGAUAUCGCCGCAGCAGUUGAUUACUCAAAUGUCCAUAUUUUGUUCAUCAUAUGCCAGUUGUUUUUCAUCAUCUGGGGCUUGCUACUAUCGGCGACCUUCAUCUACAGUGGACUCAAAGUUAUCUACCGAGCGAAGAACGUUCAAAAACAACUCGAAACGCAAAGCGCAGCAAAUACGUCUAAGGUUGCAAAGGUCACUAUUGGGACAAGUUGUUUGGGACUCGGUAUCAGUGCGUUACAGCUGUAUUCGUUGGUGGAUGUAUAUCGAUUUUACAGCGACUUUACAGACCCGCCCCCGUGGUCCUGGUGGAGUUUUCAAACUUGUUCUCGCCUGUUAGAAGUCGCCAUGGCUUGCACGAUUGCUUACAGUGUCAUGAAACCGUCUGCCCCUAAACGAAAACUCACGGUAAAGAAGAGUAUUCUACGGUACGAGAAAACAGCGAUUGAGGGCAUUGUAUGAGGAAGUAAGAACUGAAGAUUCCUUAUGCGCCACUUGGUGCAAAGUGGAAAGACAAGUGCAUAUCUAAAAGUGUUUUUACGGAGAGUAGUUCCCACGGUUCAGUGAGGAAGUCGUGCUUAUUUAAAUUCAUUAAACCGCCAACUGAUAGUGGCUUCACAGUGUUCAGUCCGGCUUAGAUCGUGUCACAGUCGAACCUUGUCACAGCUGAAAUUGCCAGAAGUAAUCUUUCUUACCCGUUUUCUUAAAAUCAUAGGCAUCGUUGCUGCUCUUUGGUUCAUUUAUUCCUCUUUGAUGUUUUUCUAGUUCAGUUAACUUAAAGUUUUUAGAGUUUUCUUUGAUUCGAAGCCGGUGUUUGUGUACAGGGCUAUCACUGUCCAUGGUGACUCAGCUUCGGAAGCGACACAAUCUGACGGGCCCUUCGCCGAAAAUCAAUAAUUCGUAACCGUUCUAAACAGAAGCGCAAAGCGCAUAGCAGCAUGUCAACCAUAAAAAAUGCAUCUUGUAAGUUGAAGAAGAUUUGACUAGGUGUUUGAACAUUCCUAAUUUUAUUAUGCUUCGAUUUUACGCAGGUGAAUGCCAAGGUCGUGUAUUGUAUAAUUUCCAGUAUGUUCUUUUGACGGUAAAGCUUAAUUACGGCCGCGCGCCGCGAGAAGAAUAUAUUUAAUAUCUGUAUAGCCCCGGAAAUGAUUCAGCUCGCUUCGACGAAAAUAAUCGGCCCCCAGGCAGGUUUUCGCGCACGCCUCUCCGCGAUUCGAUGCACGUGCACAAAGAUGACUGUCAAAAUCUACGAAUAAUUGUUCUUCUUCUUGGAUUUGAGUUGCAUUACAGGCUCUACGUGUAAGGCUCAUACCUCCAAGAAAUUUGACGUUUCGCGGAGGAAAUGAAUGUCAUAAGAACAAAAUAAAUAUGGUUACACGGGUCAAUCGCGUUACGUAACACAAGAGAUGACAAGAUCGACGAGGUGUGCGUAGACACGAGGUUUUUUCCAUAUCACGGAGAUGUCUGAAUUAUAGAGGCAGAAAUUAUAUGAAUUCUGGUUUCUCUGGGAUUAAGCGAACUGUCCGUAAUAUAGAGGUGUUCCUGUUAUGUAAGUGUCCAUAAGGAAAAGCUCGAAUGUAUUUAAAUCUCAGGUCUCAGAAGAGAACAACGGACAUUUUCUGGGAAAGCGCACUUAAAACCAUGGUGCAGCCUUACUAGUAACUAAGAGGUAUUUCUAAGCUAGUAAACGUGCGGCUCUUUAGUUAAUAUUUCUAUAAAACAGUUAGAGACUCGAUUGGCCUUGGUUGUAAUAUAAUUGAGAUUGUGGCUCAUUACAUGAUGUACAAUAAAAUAAGGCAAUUAUGUCAGCUUAUGUCUGCCACUGUCUAAGUCAAGCCAAAACGAUCAGAGAAAAAUAAG